GUGAGGGAUCAUGGCGGCGCCCUGAGCGACAGACUUCCAUGCGUAAAUGCAAAGCUUGUACAGUAGUUUUAAAAGUGAUCUACAUAAAGACAGAAGAAAGAUGCCUGCAGCACUAAACCUCAGCAAUGAGGUGGUGAAGAUGAGAGCCGAGGUAAAGCGGGUGAAGGUGCUCAUCAUCCGCAAGCUCACCCGCCAGAUGGUCGCUCUGAAGAAGAAGAAAGGGGCCGAAGCCGACCUGGAGAGGAACCAGAGGAGAGCGGCGAGGUUGCUCGAGGAGAUUCACGUACUGAAAGCACUCGCACCAGACAGCGUCACCAAGGCUGCCCUGCAGAGUGACAUCAGCUUUGAGAAAGUGUGCCAGAAGAAAGAUGCCAGCCUUUCAGAACGAGCCACAGCCCGCAUCGCCACGCACCCCGAGUUCAGCAAGAGAAUUCAGAGCAUCAAAGCCGCUGUACAAGCCUUUAAAUCGGAGAGGAUAAGCGCUGAGAGAGCUGAAAAGAAGAAAAAAUCUAGUGAUGCCGACCAACAGGAGAGAGAAUUAAAGCUAGACAGUGAUGAUGAUGAUGAGGGUUCAGGGGAGGACAACGACAAUGACGGUGAUAUUAACUAUGACAAUGAUGAUGAUGAUUCUUCUCAAAAGGUCCAAAAAGUAGAUGAUGAAGAGAAACUAAAGGACCAAAUGAAGCAGGAUAAAGAUCCAGUCACAACAAAAGAGAGCUCAUUAAAAACACACAGCACUCCAGCUGAGGUGGUCAGGAUGAGGAAGGAGGUGAAGAAGCUCCGGGUGCUGAUUAUCCGCGAUCUCACCCAGCAGAUCACCGCCCUCAAGAAGGCAAAAGCCGAAGAGUCUGAGCUGAAAGGGAACAUGGAGGUUGUGGCACGGCUGCAGAAAGAAGUGCAGGUCCUGAGGGCGCUUCUACCUGACCAGGUGACCAUCAGAGCCCUCAAGGGGAACACUGGAGAUCUGGAAAAAGUGUUUCAGGAUCCGCAGUCUAGCACGAUGGAGAGCGCAACAGCAAGGAUCACAGCGCACCCACGCUUCGUGAAGAAGCUUCAAGACGUCAAACAAGCCAUCGAAGAAGAGAAGAUAAAGGCUGCAAAGGCUGGAGAGCGGAAUAAGGAAGAUAGAGAGAUGAUGAAGGCUGAAGAUGAGGAGAAGGAGGAGGAUGUGACUAGUGAGGAUAGCAAUGAUGAUGACGACGAAAACGACAGUGACGACGACAACGACGACAGUGAUAAUGACGACGACGACGAUGAUGAUGAUAAGGAUGAUGAUGAUGAUGAUGAAAGUGAUCAAUUAAAGGAGACACAUUCGACUUUGAAGGUAAUUCCAACUUCUACUGUUGCACAGCCACCAGAGAACACCAAGCUGCCCCCUGCAAAAGAGAAAUUAAAAUCAGUAGAGCUGGAAAAACCUGCUAGACUUCCUGCAAAUCCAAAAUCUACUCCCAAACCAGCUGUGAAAGCAGUCCAGAGUCUGCCAUCCAAGAGCAAAGAAGCAGCUCCACCUCCACCAAGACAAGUCCCCAAACCUGACUCCAAAAAACCAGCGAACAAAAAAGCAGAAGAAGAGUCGGAUUUGUCCGAUUCCGACGGAGAGAAAGAGUAUUUCGACGACAGCACCGAAGAGCGUUUCCACAAGCAGUCUUCUUAUUCCGAGCAGAGCGAUGAUGACGACGACUUCUUCCUCGGAAAAGUGAGCAAGCUGAAGAAGAAGAAAAGCGACGCCGCACCCAAACAGGAGAAAACAAACGAUCCGAAUAAGGUUCGACAGGAAGAGGCGCCUCAGUUCAAAAUGCAGUCAGUCUUCUGCUCCACUCUUUCCAAAUCCGGCAGUUCCGCUCAGAAGGGAAAACACGCCGGUCUCAAGCCACCACGUUUUCAGAACCAGAAACGUGACGAGAGACCAUCUUGGGUUAAAGGUCAAGGUUCUGGAACGGACAAAAGGUUGCAGGGGUUUAAAAAUCAGACGCCUGGAUCCAGAGAAGGUUCAAAGCAGAAAGGUCCAGGAGGAGAUAAACCUGGCAAACCUGCAUUUGAGCAGAGAAACGUUAAGAGAGCAGGGAAGCCGUUCCAGCAGGCCCUGCAUCCGUCAUGGGAAGCCAGCAAGAAGAGGAAAGAGCAGCAGUCUCAGAUCACAGCCUUCCAGGGAAAAAAGAUCAAAUUCGAUGACGACGAUGAUUAACACCUUACAUGAUCGUUCUUUAUUGGUUAAGACAUUUACACUGAUUCCAUAUGGUCAAAUAAAACUUUGCCUUUCGAGUCAGAAUCAUUCAUUUGUGAUGACAUUUCAGGAUGGUUUAAGACUUUUUUCACAGCUGUAUGUGUAAAUCCUGAAUAAAGUGUAUAUAUGUGUUUUCA